GUACCCGUGGGGCUCUGCCCGCAGUCUCGACGCGCGGGGCCCCGUGGCUCUUCUGCCGCUCUCCUCUCUUGUUUGGGCGGCCCCUCACUGUAUUCCCGCCCAGCUCUCACCGCCCCCCCCCCCCCCACGGUCAUCCCACGUCCACUGGGAAACCAGAGCGAUCUUUUAAGUUUUUAUUAAUUUAUUGUAGCAGUUCAGCGUGUGUUUUGCUCUGUAUAAAGUAACAUCUACAAUGUUCAUGUGGGUUACCGGGGAUGAAACUGACGUGGGCGGUGGUGGGCCCACCCGCCAUCCCGGAGCCCAUCGGGCGCUCCCAGGGUCCCUUCCUGUGGUGACCACCUCCUGAGUGUCAUGUCUCACGUCCUUACUUAAAACAACAGCAAAGCGGUUUUGCUCCGACUGGAGGGAUGCACUCGCCGCUGAGAAUAUGCUGAGCGAAUGCUGUGUAGCUCGUCAUGGAGCUGCCGGCUUGCUCUCUGCCACGACUUGCUCUCUUCAUCCAGCUGGUUUCUAAGUCCCCCACAAGAAAUAAAUCAGAAUGAGUUAUACAGAAAAGCCCGAUGAAAUCACAAAGGAUGAGUGGAUGGAAAAGCUCAACAACUUGCAUGUCCAGCGAGCAGACAUGAACCGUCUCAUCAUGAACUACCUGGUCACAGAGGGUUUUAAAGAAGCAGCAGAGAAGUUUCGGAUGGAAUCUGGGAUCGAACCGAGUGUUGACCUGGAAACCCUUGACGAGCGAAUCAAAAUCCGUGAGAUGAUCCUGAAGGGACAGAUCCAGGAGGCCAUCGCACUCAUCAACAGCCUCCACCCGGAGCUGCUGGACACGAACCGCUAUCUCUACUUCCACCUGCAGCAACAGCACCUGAUUGAGCUGAUCCGCCAGCGGGAGACGGAGGCGGCGCUGGAGUUCGCGCAGACCCAGCUGGCCGAGCAGGGCGAGGAGAGCCGCGAGUGCCUGACCGAGAUGGAGCGCACGCUGGCCCUGCUGGCCUUCGACAACCCCGAGGACUCGCCCUUCGGAGACCUGCUCAACAUGAUGCAGAGGCAGAAGGUGUGGAGUGAAGUGAAUCAAGCUGUCCUAGAUUAUGAAAAUCGUGAGUCAACACCCAAGCUGGCAAAGUUACUGAAACUACUCCUUUGGGCUCAGAAUGAGCUGGACCAGAAGAAAGUAAAAUAUCCCAAAAUGACAGACCUCAGCAAAGGUGUCAUCGAGGAGCCCAAGUAGAGUCUGUGCAGGGUCCCUGUUUCCCCGCCCGGCUGGCAGUGCGCUGUCUGGGACUGAAGAUUUUUACAGCAGCAGAGAACUCUUUCCUCCCCCUUUUACUUUUUUUUGACCCAGCAUCUUUUGAAAGGGAAAGUGGCCCUUUUAAGCGCUGGAAAACGCGCACUGAAAGACGCCUCUCUUGCGGAAGGCUGGCGAGGACCGUGCCGCAGCCUGACCUCAGUGCUCUGGGCAUCUCGGCUCCCGAAGGUGCCGCAUCUUAGGGACGCUGGUCCCCCCGGCGGCCCCCACGUGGAGCGUCCGGGGAACACUGAUGACCGUCUUGCCCUGUUGGCGUCUAGGCCGACAGCACGUCCUCAUCGGUUGGCCUCCGUGUAGAAGUAUUUCCUGCCCCCUUGGUUUUUGGUUGGUUCUCGUUUCAUAGGAAAGACUAUAUAAAUUUGUAAACCCCAACGCGAAGACUUUUUCUGUGUGAGGGGCCUGAGUGUGGUUUGUCUCCUUCUGGUCUGGGUCGUGUGGCUCUGGGGGAGAUGUGUGUGCGCGCGCGUGUGUGUAUGAGGGGCGGACUGUGUGUUUUUUAAUUUUUUAAAUAUAUAUUUUGGUGCUGUACGUGGUGAGAGACUCUUUCCUGGUGGAUCAGUGAACCAUCUCUCCUGGAAAGUUUUGUUGAGAAUAAAGGUUUCUCUUUAAUUUGAAGAACGACCAACGUGGCCUCUCAGAAGUUUUCAUCUCGAGCAUACCUUUUGCUUUUGGGGCUGGCUUCCCCUUGGUGACGGCAGUGACCCUGUCCAGUACCUGCACUGGAGAGGCGGGUGGCUGUGCGUGGCGUGGUGGACCCUGUCGCCUGCACCUCAUCUCUCGUGCUGCCGGGCAGCUCUGUGGGUGUCCUGCUUCUGUGCCAGUGUUUGUGCUCUGCCUGGCGCCCGGCACAGCCGGCAAGACCCCAGUGCAGGCUCUGGUGUUGGGGCUCAUGGCAGGUGGCCUGGGUGCCGGUGCUGGAAGGCGUUUGGUGGCUCGUGGCAGAGCCGCUGGCCCCCCGGCGAGGCAGGUGGAGGGGGGGGGCCCGGCGUGUGGAGCUCUCGGGGCGGGCGGCUCCUGCGCAUCCUCUGGUGGGAGCGCCCGCGUGGCUGGACCUCAGGUCUCCCUCAUCUGAUCGCUUGUGCGGGGUGGGCUGUGCGGGCACCCGGGCUCGAUGGAGAGAAAUGCCGUUCGCGGCUGAGUGUGGGGAGCCUGUUGGCCUUGCGCACAGCUGGGCAGCUCCUCGGGGAGGCCAGGGCUCCGCCUCUGGUGGUGGCGCCGUCCUGGUCACCCCGCACACCCUGAGGAUUCCUUCUCGCGUGUCCGUGGCACCAGCUCUUCCCUGCACUUCCCACUCGACUUGCCCUUGGAGGUGGCGGGGUCACUCGUGUUCAGUGGGCACAGCUCCGGGCGCAACUUUCCCUCCGCAGGUGGUUGUGUGGUUCAGUCACGGGUGCCAAGGCGAAACUGCUGUGGUCCUUGUGGACGAUGCAGGCCCUAGACGGGCCCUUCGGGCUGCUCUUUGGACCUUGUGAGGAUUGAGGGGUCCUUUCUUUACCCCCUAGAAGUGAUGGGUUUCACCUCUGUCAUCAGCCUCUGCUGUGACCUUUCUGUACUAUCAUUUUCCCUGGGGUUUGAGGAUGAAAAUAAGUUAGGGAGAAAGGGGAUUUUAAUCUUUGGGUAAUUAAGAGUUAAAUACAGCAGAAACUGGAAUAGAGAGAAAACUACAUUUUUUGAAACGCGCCAGGUAAUUCAGCAUAUCCCUAAUCCUUUAUUAUCAGUGUAUAGAAGAUCGUUUACAUGCACAAUUAAUAUAUAAUUAAUGUGACAUAUUGCAAAACGCAGGGUUUGAGAUGUGUAGUAACAGGCCAGAGUUGUGUGUAACCUCUCGGGAGCUGGAUGGGAUUUGCCACGUGUGUGAAGCGUCGCCGUCCAGGGCCCGUGAGGAGGGUUGCGCGUUUGUUCCCCAGCUCGGAUCAGCCGGCACUGAACCCACGGGAGCCGGGAGCCGCGCGCUGCGGAGGACUCGGGCGUUACCCUUCGGUUCUUUGCCUUUGUUUACGGGGUUUGGUUCCUUCCCCACGGACUGGAGGUAUCCAAGGGGGCGGCUUUGCAGACUUUGCUAUUUCCUCCUUUUUGCGUUUCUGUUUUUCAGCAAGCAAAUGACCUUCAGCCGUUCCAAGAUAAUGAAUGUGACGUUUGUCGAUUUUUCUGCUCGGUCUCAUUGGAAUCUUGCCGUUGUGUUUGUUAAAAUGUACUGUUUUACAGGGGUAGUUUAUUUCUUCUUUUACACUUUCUCGUGGAAAGUGCCUUGAAAUAAAUAAAAUGUGCAAAUA